GUCCGAUCCUCUUCCACGUUCACGACUGGCCACUACUCUGACUAUGGAUCGCCCGACCCACGACGAAAUCAACUUGGUGCGUCUCAUAAGGCGACUGGAAAAGUCUACACUUGAUGCAAGCUGGUCCAAUGAUGGUGACGAUGUGUGGCUCAAGGCGUUGGGCACGUUGCAGACGGUCAAAUAUGCCAGAAAGCUGCUCAAGAACGUCGAACUGAAUGAUUAUGAUCCUACUCUGAAAAAUGUGCGACGAUAUAAUGAACUACGAAUGACCCUUGACCGUAUUGAUACGUUUGGAAAAGACGUGGAAAAGCGAGUAACACCUAUGCCAAAACGCCCCGAACCAUUGCUACCACACCUACCAAUACCAGAGGCCCCACAAAGCCUAGAGCCUUCACCGCCUGACACGGUGACCUCUUUGCCCAAGGGAGACGAGCAUGUCACAUCACCUAUGCCAUUGCCAGCUACUGACAGUCUCCUACUGUCGCCCUCUGACCCACCCUCCACAACAAUAUCACCUUUACCUACUCUCUUGCCUGCAUCAGCCACGUCAAAAGCCACCGGUGCUUCUCCUCACUUCCUCCAAAACACGAAUGCACUCCACAACGAAUUAUCUGAGCAGCUCGCGCAAAUGGCUACCCAGCUCCAACGCAAUGCCUUGCAUUUCUCUGAUUCGCUGUCUGCGGACAAGAUCCUUGUUGAGGAGGCCCAACAGAAGAUAGAGAGCAAUCUCGAUGUCAUGAAGAAGGAGAGGUUGCGUUUAAGGGACCAUCGUGGAAAGAGCGGGUCCACAACAUGUCUGGUGGUUAUGUCCGUUAUCGUGGUGACGAUAUUGUUCAUCUUCAUGGUGAUGCUUAUACGUCUAACUCGGUAGGAAAGAAUUGGACUUCACAUCUGUGCUGAAUGUAAUGCACUUUCUUACCUGCUUUAGAACGAAUACUACGCUUCUCUCAUAUAAGGAAUGAGUUCUACCGUAUACCUUUUGAAAAGUAUUCUCUUCGUCUACCAUCUGCCAGUCAUACUACACUUUGUCGACCACCGGGGCAGAAG